UAUUUUUAGUCGUUUUUUUGCACGAUUGAAUUGGCAUUGAACUGAGUCUUUUCGAGGGUCCUGGUUUGUCACUCAUAAUAAAAAACAAUCGCGUAAACGGCCGUUUGGUGAGGGGCCGCAACACGCGAUAUCGCGUGAACGACAAUGAACGUGUUAAAUCGACGCUAAUUAAGUCGAGCGUGACGUAGCGGGAAAUGAUUCCGUGAAACGCGAUGGAUCCAAUUUCCUCGACUGGUCAUAAAAGACGCGCGACGAUAAAACCGCGGCGGGAGGCGCGACUGGGCGCUGUUUCGAGCGCGUCGCAGGUGCGAUAACGCGCGACUUCUCCGCGAUGUUCUCGCGUGGAUUCUCUCGCUAUUGUGUUCGCAAUUAAAAACACUCGCGUCGGGAGUGAUGAGCAGUGGCGAGCGGCGAAUUGUCAGGUUACCCGACAGGGAUUCACCCGGGACGCACCUAGGACGUUGUUUUAGGCUGUGACUCGCGACGAUCCCAUGUCGAGAUAAUAACACUGUGACUGUCUGACUUUCUGCGGUUGAAAUUAUUGCUCUUGGCAGACGCCCCGAAAUGCAGCGUUAAUGCACUUCGAGCAUGUGCUGUGCAUGCGUGUUCGGUUGAUAUAGCUUCGUCACGGGUCUAAGCCUCGCCGAAUCGACUCGAAUAGAACGGCAAUAACGACGACGUCUUUAUCGUCGUUAAUAUUACUCAGUGUCGUUUCUUCGGCAAGUUCCCCGUGGAAUUUGCAAUUCUGAUUCCGACGGGCGGGAGUUCCUUCGACUUUAUACUUUACGAACUUCUCAACGAGAUUUACCGUUAAGGAUCCGCGACUUACUACUACUCGCGCAGCUUUGAGUUUCCAAGGUAUAAACACGUGACAUAAUUACAAGUGAAUAGCCACAAAUGAAUAUUCAUACCGAUUCCGGUAUAAUAUAUCAGGAAGAAUCGGACCGAAAGAGAACUAGAUCGUAAUUGGGGACACAUACGAGCGGACCCGUCCAAGAUCGCGCUCGGUAGUUUCGAAAGAUAUCCUUCGCGCGUAUCGGUCGCAAGGACCUUGUCGCAGCCAUAACCUCGUGACUUUGAUAACGACGUCGCGCGACAUCGGCAGCGGUGCAAGCGGCACCGAUAAAAGUGAGGUUAAUCGGCAGCCAGAUAGAACGAUCGGCCAGCUUUCGGCGUCGUCGAGGUGAUACGCGUUCAGUGCAAUUCUCUCGGUUCAACUGAUCGUCCGACAGUUUCCGACAGUUGGACAUCGUGGAUCACCCGCGAUAAGAAUAUAUCAGGACAAAUCAGGAUGAAUACAUACGGAUGGAGCAGGGAGAUAUGCGAGCCAGAGUUCGUGCGGCAGGAGACGAGGAAUGUAGAACUGGGCGAGAAGGGCUCCGGCUUCAGACCGCGCGGUGAGGUCCAGGACUUCAACAGACUGAGACGGGAGUGCCUAGAGACAGGGCGGCUCUUCGAGGAUCCUGAAUUCCCGGCCAUCGACUCGUCGCUGUACUUCUCCCGCAGACCGGACAGAUACAUAGAAUGGAGACGGCCGAUGGAAAUCGCGGACGACCCGCAGCUUUUCGUGGAGGGCUUCUCGCGAUUCGACGUGCAGCAGGGGGAGUUGGGAGACUGCUGGCUGUUAGCCGCUGUGGCGAAUCUCACCAUGCAUCCGAAUCUGUUCUUCCAAGUGGUGCCGGAGGACCAAAGUUUCGAGGAGAACUACGCGGGGAUCUUCCACUUCAGGUUCUGGCAAUACGGCAGAUGGGUCGACGUGGUGAUCGAUGAUCGAUUGCCUACCUGCCGCGGCGAACUGGUAUAUCUGCACUCAGCCGAGAACAACGAAUUCUGGAGCGCCCUGCUCGAGAAAGCUUAUGCGAAGUUACACGGCUCCUACGAGGCGUUGAAAGGCGGCACGACCUGCGAGGCCAUGGAGGACUUUACUGGCGGAGUAACGGAGAUGUAUCAGAUGGACCAAACGCCGCCCAACUUAUUCAACAUACUGCUGAAGGCUUUUGAGAGAAACUCGUUAUUGGGUUGCUCGAUUGAGCCCGACCCGAACAUACUAGAAGCAGAGACACCUCAGGGACUGAUACGGGGUCACGCUUAUAGCAUUACUCGCGUGAAACACGUGGAAAUCGAGACGCCGAAUCAGCGCGGCACCAUACCUCUGCUGAGACUUCGGAAUCCUUGGGGAAACGAAGCGGAGUGGAACGGGCCUUGGAGCGAUCAGUCCCCGGAAUGGAGAUUCAUUCCCGAUCACGAGAAAGAGGAGCUCGGCUUAACCUUCGACGUGGACGGCGAGUUCUGGAUGUCGUUCCAUGAUUUUACGCGUUACUUCACCCAACUCGAGAUUUGCAACUUGAAUCCGGACUCGUUGACAGGUCACGAUCUCGAUGCCGGUAAGAAGCGUUGGGAGAUGAGCGUGUUCGAGGGAGAGUGGGUGCGCGGAGUAACGGCGGGUGGUUGCAGAAACUACUUGGAGACUUUCUGGCACAACCCGCAAUAUCGCAUCACGUUGGAAUAUCCCGACGACGAUGACGAUAAGUGUACCGUGAUCAGCGCUCUGAUGCAGAAGAACAGGCGGGCGCAAAAGAGAAUGGGUGCCGAUUGCCUCACUAUAGGAUUCGCUAUUUACCACUUGGAGUACCCGGAGAGAUUGCCGAAACCGUUGGACAUUAACUUCUUCAAGUACAACGCGUCUGUCGCUCGUUCACCGGCGUUUAUAAAUUUACGAGAGGUCACGUGUCGCUUCAAAUUACCGCCGGGCGUGUAUUGCAUAGUUCCAAGUACAUUCGAUCCGAACGAAGAGGGUGAAUUUCUGCUGAGAAUCUUUUCCGAAAACAAGAAUAAUAUGGAAGAAAACGACGAGGAAGUCGGUAUCGGCGAAGUCGACGAUAGGGUGAUUAACCAUGUGGGUGGUAAAGAGGAAGAGGACAGAAAUAACGUUCGCGAUGAACCCGAACAAGACCGCAAUACCGAAAAAGUCCGAGAAUUCUUUAAGAAACUCGCUGGUGACGACUUGGAAGUUGACUGGAUGGAACUCAAAGAUAUCUUAGAUUUCGCCAUGAGAAAAGAGUUACCGCAGUUGGCGCAUCGUAGCGAGGCACAUGUACCCGAAACUGUUGAAGGAAAUGGUUCGUUUGUCGACACUCUCAUCUCACUGCUGUGCGGCGUUGUUUGUAAUAAUGAACAGUACAAUAAGCCCGUAGAUACUCAAGACAGAGGAUUUAGCAAAGACAUAUGUCGCAGCAUGGUCGCAAUGUUGGAUGUAGAUCAUUCUGGGAAACUCGGUUUUGAAGAAUUCAAGACGUUAUGGAAUGACAUCAGGAAAUGGCGGGCUGUUUUCAAGCUAUACGACAAAGACGAAUCGGGCUAUCUGAGCGCGUUCGAAUUGAGACAAGCGUUAAAUAGCGCCGGAUAUCGUUUGAAUAAUCAUAUUCUCAACAUUUUGGUCCACCGUUAUGGCACCAAAGACGGCAAAAUUACAUUCGAUGAUUACAUAAUGUGCGCGGUCAGACUUAAAACGAUGAUCGACAUUUUCAGAGAAAGAGAUCCAGAUCAAACCAACACGGCUACGUUCACGAUGGAAGAAUGGAUAGAGAAGACGCUUUACUCGUAAUAA